AUGAACUCGGAAAACCCCGAAAGAACCUACGCGCGAUGGCCUCUCCGAGACGUGCCUGGCACGCCCGCGACAGAUGUCCUCCUCAUAGGGCCUGAAGCAGAUGGAAUAAAUACCGUUUUUGACGAUGAUUCACGCAAAUUAGUUGGUCCGAAGGACUACCGACCUGGAGGAAAAUAUCAUUCUAUUGUCAAGCUCCAGAUUCGAUUUGAAGGCCAGGAUGCUAGCGACACGCGUCAUGCCCAAGCGACGGGAUGGCUAAUCAUGCCCCAUCUCAUCGUCACCGCCGCCCACUGCGUUUAUGACCAUACCUACGACUUCGGCAAAGCCAUUCAAGUCUGCGCUUACGUGGGAUAUAAUGGCAAGAACUCUAUUGACAAACCUGGUGUUCAAUUUCGCCGGGGUCUGAAGGUCGUUAUUCUGAAAGACUGGAUUAUCAGCGACACAAACCGCGGAAGUGAUGUUGCCUUCACAAGAGUGGACGAAUUCAGCGAUGUCGUGCGUAUUGCCCAGCAGCCAACUAAUGGAAUUGUCGAGAAGAUGUUUCGAAGCGUGGUUGAGUAUCCUUGCGAUAAAUCCUUGGGUGAUGAACGAGGAGCGCAAAUGAAGGUUACCGCCAUUGGCCAGAGAGUUGAUCAUUCAGUGUUACGAACUGGGUCGCUUUUCUUGGGCCAGGUGGGCAGUCCUGUCGCUGCCGUUGCAGGCACCGCACUCGGCGUCCUGAGUAAAUUGGGUGCAGGCGCUUCGAUCGACAUUGGCUCUGUGCAUGUCAAUUACAGACAGUGUGCUGCACGUGCGAUCGUCGCAGAGACUGCUAUGCAGACUCUCGUACAGAUGGAUCCUCACCAGGCGAAUAGAUUCAAAAUAUUCGACAAGAUAGAGGACCAAUUUCCCGAGACGAAGGAUGUUGUUCCCAGAGUUGCACAACUCAUCACGCCUGGAAUUAUUGAGUCUGCACUUCGUAUCUCGGUCAAUGCGCAAGCUGGCUACGAAAAUACAUCCAGACUCUACCCCACGCUCCCUUCCAUCAACGGUUCUCUGAGCGUCGCUGAUAAAAGAUUUGCUGAUGCCUUCACCCGGUACACAAAUCAAGGCGAUGGCAAUGUAAUGUCUGAGUUUCUCUCAAGCAUCGUUAACACUGGUUUAUCUGCUGGUUCUCCCCAGAUGGAUGACAUCACCCGAGUGAUGGGCGAGUCUGAAUUCAGCGUGACCGACAUGUCGACUCAUGUUGAGAUUCUGUGUCAUAGAGCUUUGAUUGGCGACACUGCUUUGAAAUCUCUCAUCGCCAUACCCCUCGAUCAAAUGAUGCAGAAUGGUCUGUUUGAUCACUUUGUUGGUACGGUUGGGAAUAUUGGGAGAACUGUCAUUGCAGUCGCUCCUGUUGUCGUUCAAAAUAUUUUGAACGAUCUCAAGCAGAGCCGGUAA